ACACUGAUGUCCAUUACCCUCCUAGGAACCCUUUGAAGGCCACCACAGGCAGAGCCCCCUCUGCAAGGCAACAGUCCAAGUCUAACUCUCAAUUACCAUACCCAUAGCCAUCCUCAGUGGUUCUGGCCCUGGCCAAAGGAUCAGCAAGAAUGUGAAGGAGGCCUGGGUGGUGGUAAGGGGUUGGCUGCGGGUCAGAGGGUGAAUCACCUGAGACUAUUUGCAAGUUCCCUUUGUGAGAAUCUUUGGGGGAGUUGUGUGGGCGCCUUGCCUGUCUCCUUCCCACUUCCUCCCACCUCACUCUGUCCUCAUCUCCUCCCAUUUUUGCAGGGGCAUGUUGUAGCUGCUUUAGCUCGUGAUCCAAACACCACCUCCUUUGCCCUCUUCCCUGCUCAGGGAUGUCCCAAAUGGCCUGGUGCUGAAAUGAGAUUUGGGGGCUGGCUUGAAGCAGUGGAAGGGGCUUUCUGGAAACUCCUUUGUCCACUCAGGCAGCAGAUGCUCACUUAGACACCCACCUUUCACUGGCCACUGACUCCUGUGGGCCUAAGAGCAUGUCUCCCAGGUCCCUUUAGAUCGCUGGCAGAUGUAAAGAACCCAGACGAUUUGGCCUGUCUUAGGCUUUGGUGGGUAUAUUGCAGGCAUGAGCAGGAUGUGCUGUGGGGAAGCACUCAGGUCAUCUGUAGGACAGAGUGUGUCCCAUUGGGUGAUUCUGCAGUUCCAAGAGGUGGAGGCCAUAGUUCUUUAGAUGGCAUGGGAUGCAGAGUGAGGAGUGAGCACAGGAUGCCAUACAGAGGCUUGAGUCCCUGGUUUAGGUGGACCAGAUUCCCUUCCCGGCGGAGAGAGGGUGUGUGGGGGGGACCAAGGACUUUAAGACCCAGUGACACCUGUCAGCCUGGGCAGGCACUGCAGGGUGUGGGGUGUGUGAGAGAGAGGCAGCAGCUUCUUCCCUGUCCCAUCUUCCCCUUUCUUGUCCCCCACCUCUUUGGUCCCUGUCCCCCUCCAAAGGCUACCUGUCUCCUGCUCCAUCGCUGUGGCUCUUGCCCUCUAUAUAGCAUACAGCUAAGUUGGGGUGGACUUGGGGUGAACUCGCAGCCAGGUGAAGCUUGAAGGAAGAGUUGUGGUCAGCAAGAUCCCGAUGUGGGGGGAGCACACUCCGGACAGAAGAUACCACAGUGCAAAGACCCUGAGAGGCAAAGGGCUCCUUGGAGGGCACAUCAGAGGCGGGAGCCAAGACUUAAAGGUGCUGUUGAGAUGUCAGGGUUCUGUGGAGGCCAGGGCCGGCUUCAUCCAGAGGAAAAGGACAAGCAGGAGCAUACCCCAAGCUGGGGAGGGACUCCUGGUCCACCUCGCAGCACGGGUUAAUGGGGCAGAUUCUGGCUUCAGGAAGCCACGUGGAAGGAGGUGGCCACAGCAGUUUAGCCGAGGGGGAGGCUCAGACGCAGGAGAGCCCAGGGCACCUGGGCGAAGCUGAUAAGCGUCUGCUGCUCCGAGUGCGGAGCAGCGUCAGGAUGAAGGGUAGGACACGAGGAAAGAGAAAACGGAGGGGUGGAACCCUGUUCAGGCACAUCCUGUGCGCGUGGCCGUCUUGUGGUCUUGUGGGCGCGGCCCAGCCGGCAGGUGCAUGGGGUUCUCUCGCCUUCCCUUUCACCUGGAUUUCCUCCUCUCUUUCGCACAUCCGCCCUCUCCACCUGCCUUCUUUCCGGCGCUAUUCGCGUGAGGCCUACACACCGUACAGUCCACCGCCCCAGCUACACUUCUGGUAACAGGACGUGCACGGAGCGUGCCGUACCACCGUUCCGGUCAACCGCGUCUAUCCGCUUGCCAGCUCAUUUCAGGCAGCCAGUGGCUUGUUCUCUGCAUGUAAACUCGCCUUCUCUGGGCACUCUAUAUGCACAGGCCCAUUCGAUGUGGCCUCUCGCACGUGGCCUUCUACACUCAGGGAGGUCACUCUGGCUUCCCCCACGUUGUCGCCACACAGGGUGGUCAUGUCCAUGGCUGAAUAGGUUUCCUAACUGCAGGUGCUGCGUCCUUCUCCACUCACCAGUGUGGACUCUGCCAUUGUCAUGUGGCUGCUGAGAACUCCUGCGUGUGUACUUGAAGGACGCUCGUGGCCUGCCAGGACUGGCACUGGGCUGUGCGGAAAACUUGUGUUUAAGUUCGAAGGAGAAAGCUACUCUGCUUCCUAAAGUGUCGACUUUUCCUUACACCUGUCUCUUAGUGGCGGGAGAGGGAGGCUGAAGGUAGGGACAGUGAGGACUGGGGCUGGACAUAGGCUGGGGAAGGGCCGAGAGGCCGGGGACAGAGGGACUUUCGCUUCUAAAGGCUCGCUUUCCCAAGAGACAUUGGGCUACGUUGUCCGCGGAGCCCCCACCGCGUUUGCAGCGAUAAGCCAGCCGCAGGGGCCGGUGGCGCUGCGGGAUCUCUGCGCCUCCUGGCGGCCUGGCCCAGGAGGCUUCAAGGAACUGCACCAGCCACAGCUGCGUAGGCAGAGGGCCUGGGUCCUCAGAGGUUCCCAUGGGCGCCUCCGGCUCAUGCGCACGCUCCAGCCUCGCGCAGGCGGUGCCCGCCCGCAGUUGCUUGGUAGCCAGCGGCGCGAGGCGUUGAUUGGCCGGCUCCGGACGAGGCGGGAGAAGAUUGGGCCUGCGAGCGCCAACUCCAUGGAGUCAACAACACGGAAGGCCCCACGCUCCGAAGCCCGGAAGUGGCUCCGAAGCCCGGAAGUGGCUCCGCAUCGAGUAGCACAGACCGCAAUUAAACUCUAAGGUCACCGCUCAUUGGGUCAGGGCCGUGGAGGCGGGUCCCCACCGACGCUGUGAUUGAUCGCUGGUCCCGGCCGGCUGCGGCGGGUGAUCCGAGGCUCCUGGUGCAGGCUGUACAUGGGGAGGCGCCGGCGCCGGGUGGACGGGGCGGCCGGGGCCCUGCCCGAGGCCAUCGCCGCGCUAAGUCGGUCGCUGCCCGCUGGGCCCAGCCCGGAGAUCUUCCGCCGCGCCAAGUUCGACCGUCCGGAAGCGGCCCCCGCGCUCUGGCAGCUCCUCUUUCGCUUGCUCUCGCCGCUCGCGGCAGACAACACCUCGGUCCCGCCCGCCCCGGAGACCCAAGCCCGCUUCGUGAAGUCAGUGCUGCGCUCCCAGGGCUACCCGAGGUCUGCGCUGUCGCAGCUCCCUGAGGACAACUCACAGGGCAGCCGGGAGCUGCUGCUAGCCCUGUCCUGGCUCCUGGCCCGAGGGCCCCUUCUUGAGCGGCUGCUUGCCCAGACCCGUGUGCAUCUUGGUGACCAUAUGCCCCAGUGGGAGGCCCCAGCUAGCCCUGGCCUACCUACAUCCCAUGUGGAAGCAGAGGGCCCUGUGGACCUCCGCCAAGUGCAGUGGCUGAUGGGAAAACUGCGGUUCCGGUGGCGACGCCUGGUCUCCAGUCAGCAGGAGCAGUGCACCCUGCUGAGCAAGAUUCACUUGUACACCCGUGGAUGUCAUAGUGACCAGAGCCUCCGCCAUCUGUCUGUAGCUGAAACAGAGAUGCUCAGGGACCCAGAGGGCGGCCAUCAGCUACUGCAGGCACUGCAGCAUGAGAAUGCGCGCCUGGAGGCGGCUCUAGAGUGGCGGCGCCUGGAACUGGUCUUCUGGAAGUGGAUGGACACAGUUCUGGGUGCCUGCCCUCCAGAGGGCCCCAAUGGGGCCUCGCAGCCCACCUUUCUGCCCUCGAUCCCUGGGCCCAGGCUUGGCGAGUUAGAGCUGGUAGCUCAGGAGCUACAAGCCCUGCAGGAGGAGCUUCAGAAGGUGGUGGAGACCCGAUGGGUGACCUGGGAGGCCCAGGCUGGAGGCCUAGGCCGGGGACCAGAGUGGAGCACCACACGGAGGGCCUUGCAGGAGGCUGUGGAGCAGGAGCUGGUGGCCCUGCGGGAGUCCUGGGAACAAUCUAGGGACCCUGCUCAGCCCCGAGGGCCCUACCGACUGGUAAGAAGUGAGGACAAGGAUGGGAAACCAGGGGCCCAGGGCCUGCGAGCAGCUGAGGUGAUCAAGGUGCUGAGGACCCAGGAAUCCUGUCUGGAGACAACACUGCGCCAACUACAGGAACAGUGUCGGCAAGAGCUGGCCAGGCUGGCAGGAGCCCUGCCUGGCCUAAUUUGGAUCCUGCCACCCAGACGCUGAGGGCUCGUGGACGUGCCCACUUGGGUGGAGAGCCUGACUGAGGCUCAGAGGAGCAGAUCUUGGGGCCGACCUGGGUGCAGAGGUCCAGGCCACAUACUCAUUCCUGGGUUGGGCUAUUCUGACUAUGGUCAGAAUCGAGGCCUUUGGCCUGCAGUGGGGCAAGCAUGUUCUGGUCAUCCUGAGGAGGUCCUGGGCAUUCAGGGUAUGGAGGGCACCUAGAAAUACAUGGUGGAGCCCUCCCUGUGGGGACCAGGCCCUCCUCCGCUGCCCUUUCAGAUCUCUUUGUCUGGGGAUGGGGAGAGCUCAGGUUGAGAGGAGGAAGCCCCUGGGCAGUGGUAGCAUGGGCUUGGCAGGUGUUGGAGAGAUGUGCAUGGUCUGUGGCACAGGGUGAGUUUGGACCUGGGAGGUGGCUGUGGCCCACGUGUCCCCUGACAGAACUGUGCUGGCCUACUCCCUGCACCCUGUCCCUGGGCUCCCACUAUGCACUAGCUACAGCCUGAGCAGCCCCCUUCUGUACUGGACUUUGGAUGUGCCUGCUGUGUGAAGUGGGGGCCGGAAGGGAACCCUGGGGGCUUUGCUGUUUUCUGGGGGUGGUGCCUAGGGGUGAGAAGGACAGAGAGCCUUUGUUCUGGAGGCUGCUGGGCGAGUUCAACCCUCACAAAGCCGCCUGUGUUCAGGAUGUGCCCACAGUGGGUUGGAAUGGCCCUCUCCCAUCCCAUUCUCCCCCAGCCAGCACACUCAAGCAGGCCCUGCGGCCUCCAGCCCUGUCUUCCCCUCCAUCCCCAAGCUCCAAACCUUGACCUGACAAUGGGCAGGUGGUAGGCCUACUAGGUGACCUCUGGCUUCCUGCCAUCCUGGGCCUGGGGCUAGAAAUGACCUCAGUACCCUGGGCCCUCUGCCAGAACAUUCUUCCAUGGAGUUUUACUGCAUACUUGGGAUGUGUGCUGGAUUGACAGCCUGUACCUGGAGCACAGCUCUGGUCCAGGCCUUGUCUGUGUCUGGGCUGGGUGCCAUGCGCCCUUGUGCUCUGCCUGGCUGUUUCUAGCACAUUGUUGCAUAGGGCAGUGUCCAGCACGCCCUCCCUGACCCUCAUGGAUGUGGUCCUCUGAGAGUCACUGGGGUUACCUGUGUGCCACUGGGCCUUUUUGCACUCCCUUACCUGGAGCCCCUCCUCCCACCCACAGCCCCCCCCUCUAAGCUCCUCUUCCUGCUUCUGCCUGUGGGUUCAAGCUCUGGUCCAGUGCUCUCGGGACCUUGACCCUCCUGAAGUCACCUCUGGGCAUCUGCAGCCAUUCCCCCCAGUGUGCCCUCAGCCUCCUCUUGACCACCAUACAGGACUUGGGUUAUCAGCUAGUCCACUAAAGCUUCCUGCUUUCUAAAACCACCCUGACCUAGACUCCUACUGGCCUUUGGGAGCUUCACUUUCAAAAACGCAGAUGCAGGGCUGGGGUCAUGAUUCAAGUGGUAGAAUACCUGCCUUAGCCUGCAAGCUUGAGGCCCUCUGUUCAAACCCGAGUUCUGCCAAAAACCCAGAAGCAGACCCAAUGUUAUGGGGCUGACACUUCUCUCAGUUGCUUUGCAAAUUCAGUACUGUGCCUCUUAGCAUCCUGUGUGUGUCUGUGUGUGCAUGCGUGUGUCUGUGGGACUCAGGAUAUCAAGGGUGGGUUGGGGCCCUAAGACCAUGUGAAGGAUAGAGCCCAUGGGGGGCUUGCCCAUGGAACUUAAGAUUUACUUAAGCUGUUGUGAUGGACAGGGACCUCUGGUGUCCAGCUCCAGCUGUUUCACACUUAGUAGGUUGCAGUAGCCCAAUUUAUGACCUCACCAUCCUGGUGUGAGCUCCCACACAGCCACACAGGGUUACAAUCAAGUGUCAAGGCUACAACUUCCUCAGGGUACCCUCCAGAGAGGCCCUGGGGCAGAAUCCCUAACAACUCCAUGGGUUGUUGACCUAGACUGCUCCUGGGUCCUUUCCUAUAGCCUAACAUCUCAGAGCAGGCAUCACAGGCUGCCUGACACUCUCCUGCCCCUUCUCUGACUUUGAAAGAAGCCUGUGUGAUCGCAUUGUCCCCAGCAUCUCCAGAUAACCUUAAUCCCUGAAACCAGGGCUGGAACAGGCCUACUCUCCGACCCAUGGGCACAGUUGGGGCCCUGUGCCCUGAACCAGCGAGGAUGUACAGUUAGCCCUUGGGUUCCCACAAAGGCGCAAAGACAGGCACACCCCAGAGGGAUAGAGGACACUGGGGUGGCUUCCUAAGACCAAAGUUCUAAAUCUUGGUAAUUUCAUCUGCAUCAAAACUAGAAACUUCUGCUUAUUAACAGGCAACACAGCUGAGACUGUAGCUCUGUGAGCACUUGCCUACCACAUGUGAGGCCCUGGGUUCCAUCCCUAGCACCUCUGGGGUUGGAGGCCAGAGGUGAGGAGGGUGUAGGAAAGACCAUAAAAUAAAAAGAAGCCCAGUGUUGGUGGCUCACAUCUGUCAGGACUAUCAGUCACAACAGGACAGGAGGAACUGGGUAGUCUCAAUAAGUGAGUCACAAUCUUCACCUUCAUUGUAAAUGGCUAAUGGAGUCAGCACACAAGGCAUCUGUCAUACGUGCUGGUUAGGCAUGUUGAGACACUGCCCAGUGCCCAGAAGGUUGGCUUUGUCAUGGCAGGUAGAUUGGAAGAACCACUUUGGAAAGACAUGUGUCCUGCAAAUGAGAGUCCCUUAGUGCUACCAUAGAGAAUCAGGCUUAGGCGCAUGGAGGCCUGGCAUGGUUAGUCCAGUAGCAGCGUUUGUGGCUUUAGGAAGGAGCCAGAAAUGGCCAUGGUGUGUGACCAAAAAAGAAGGGCUUUAUGGUUAUGAGAAACAAAGGAUGCUGUGAUCCUGAGUAAAAAAGUUCAGGAUCUUCAAGAACAACAACAACAACAACAAAAAGCCCAUAUCUCCGAGUAUGACAUAUAAUAAGGCCAUUAAAAAAUAAUAGCCAGGCACCUGUGGCUCACACCUGUAAUCCUAGCUACUCAGGAGGUUGAGAUCAGGAGGACUGAGGUUUGAAAGCAGC